AAUUAAAGGUUGUCUCUUGUAAACAAUAUAAGAAAUAUCAUAGUGUGACAAUCAUUUAUAUAUAUCAAUUGUAUGCACUUAUUGCACUAUGGAUUAGUCGUAAGAUGAAAGUGAAUGAAAAUAAAGAUUACUUUUAAAAACAACACAUAUAUAUAUAUGCUGUUGUAUGUGACAGAAAUAUUGACUGUGAUUCUCUUGUUAAAACAAGGUUGAUUAUUUUCGAUAAACAGUUUGAAUACAAUUGUUUAUAAAAAAAAAAAGUUAUUAAAAUGACAUCCACUGCAAUUGAUGAGUUAUUAUCUGGUCCUUUGGUGACAUGGUUUGCUAGUUGUCUGGAAGAUCCCAAUGUAUUAUCAACGUAUGAAGAUUUAGUGGAUGGUAUUUUACUUCAUAAUGUCUUCCUGCAAAUUAAUCCAGAACCUCUGCGUGAUGAAGUAGUACCAUCCUGUGGAAAUCCAGUUAUUCGUUCAAAGAAUUUGCAGAUUAUUGUUGAAAAUAUAAAACAAUUUUAUGAAGAAGAGUUGGGUCAUAUUUUGUUGAGAUUACCUGAUACAAUAAAUUUAGGUAAAGAACCAGAGUUGCACAUCAAUGAUAUGAAAUUGCUAUUGUUAUUACUUCUUGGAUGUGCAGUGCAAUGUCCAAAUAAAGAAAAAUUUAUUACCAAAAUUACAAGUUUGCCUGUUGAUAUUCAAUUAUCUAUAGUUGAAUGUAUAAAACAGGUUACAGACAAUCAUGAUAUAGUAAUUACUCAAGAGUCUAUGGAAGCUGUUAAUAUGGGAUUUCUUUUUAUGCAAAUAAAAGCUAUGAUUCAAGAAUUAAAUUUAUACAAAGAGAAAUGGGGUAACGUAGCUGCUAAUGAAAUAUCUAAAAGAAAUAAUUCAUCUAUCGGUGCUAAAGUUGAAGAAAUAAAUAAAGUUCAUCAAUCUAAUCCAGUUACAAGAUCCGAAAGAGAAGAUAAUCAUCAUUAUGCUGUUGAAUUAGCCGACUGGAAAUCUAAAGUUAGAAAACAAAGACAAGAAUUGGAAGAGAAGACAGAAGCUUUGAUCGAAUGCAAAGAAGAACUUGAACAUACUAAAGCUUUGCUAGUUAAAUUUAGACAAGAGAAUCAAGAAUUGAUGCACGAGGCACGAACAGCUAAAACCUACAGAGAUGAAUUAGAUGCAGUGAUUGAAAGAGCAGAACGUGCUGAUCAUUUGGAAGUUGAAGUUAAAAAUUAUCGUGACAAAAUAUCUGAUUUUGAUUAUUUCAAGAUACGUGUUGAUGAAUUACAAGAAGACAAUAAAGUUUUAUUGGAGACACGUGAGAUGCUUGAGGGACAAGUGGAUAAAUUGCAGAAAAGAUCAGACAAGGUUUUACAACUUGAAACUGAAAUUAUUAAAUAUAAACAGGCACUCAAUGAUAUGGCUUUGGAACGAGCAGCUGAUAUUGAAAAGUAUCAAGAAUUGUUAGAAGAAAAUAUGCAAUUGCAAAAAUUAACUAAAGCUGCAGCUAAUGAAGCUGCAUUGGCUGGAUCUAUGAGUGAUUCAGAAGAACCAGCACACACCGAUAAUAGAUUGUCAGAUCAAUUAACUAACAAUGCACAGGCACGUGCUCUUAAAUUAGAAUUGGAAAAUCGACGAUUGAUAAGCAUAAUUGAAUCAUUGAAAGAAGAUUCGUUUCAUGAAACCUCAUCUCACGUUUUGGAAUUAGAAAAAGAAAAGAAGAAACUUACGUUAAAGGUUGACUCGUUGAAUGAUAAAAGUGAACGUUUGAAACAACAAAAUUCGGAUCUUGAAUUAGUUUGUAAACAAGCUUUGGAAGAAAAUAGAAAGCUUCAGAAUACUAUUAAAAAUCAACGAACAUCGUUUGAGAAACAGCAACAAGAUCUUCAAACGCAACAUGGAAAAAUGGUAGAAUUGGAGAAACAAUGUGACAUUGCUGUGAAAGAAAAACAACGUGUUCAAUCAUUGUUAGAAAGUGUACAAAGACGAGCCGAUGAUUUGGAACGUACGUUAGAAACAACAAAUCAAAAAGUUGAAGAACUUAAGGAUAUUGAACUCAAGAUGAAUGAAAUUAAAUCUAAAUGUACACUUUUGGAAUCUAAAAUUACUACAUUGGAAAAAGAAAAAGAUACAGCACAAAGAGAUACGUUUAGGUUUAAAGAAACGAUUGAGGAGAAAGAUGUGGCUUUGGACAAAGCAACAAAUACGAUUGAAGUGUUGGAAAGAAAAGUUGCACAACUUGAACAAGAAGUUGAAAAUUCAUUAUCACAAAUUUUAAGAUUACAAGAAGUUGAAAGAUCUAGUAAAGAAUUGGAUUCAAGAGCAGCAAUUGACAGAGAAACGUUGGAAACAUUAAAAUCAAAUUUAGUUGCGGAAAAAUUGAAUACGCAACAAUUGUAUACAGUUAUGGAAAAACUUGGUCUCAGUGAUAACAUGUUAUCACUUCCUUUGGAUAAUAUAUUAGAAAGAAUUGCACAAAAUUCUGAGGUGAUAAAUCUUGUGAAAAAAUCGAUUAAAUCAGAACCCUCACGUUAUGGUUUGAUCAUCGAAUCUGAAUCAAAGAAAACUGAUGAAAAUAGUCAAUCUGAUCUUAAUAAUGCUUUACAAAAAACAGUUGAAUCAUUAAAGAACGAACAAGAACAAUUGCAAUCGAAAUUAAUCGCUACUGAAACAAUGUCGGAAAAUCUUUUAUCGGAUAAUGCAAAGCUUCAAGUAUUUAUAACUACUUUACAAUCUCAAAGUACAUCAUUGGCUUCUCAACAUACCGCAUUGCAACUAGCUAAUUCUCAACUUGUUGCUGAAAAAGAAGAACUUUUGAAAGAACGUAGCAUGCAACAACGAGUACAUUCGGAAUUACUGCACGAUCAGGAUACGUUACAAUCAUUACACGAACAAUUAAAUAACGAAUACGAGAAUCUACUUCACGAACGUGAAACUCUUAAAUCAAGUUUGAGAGAUGUUAAGAAUGAAAUGAGAAUGUUACGUGAAUCCUGUGAGAGAUUGGAAUUAAAGAAUAAGAGUCUUUUAACAGACAAAGAAACGUUGAUUAGCAAUGCCAAGAGUUUAAAUAAUUUGAGAGGUGAACAUUCCAAAUUAACGGAUGAUUUUAGAAAUUUGUAUACAGCUGCAGAAAAAUUAAAAAGUGAAUAUAGAAAUUUACAAGAGGAAUAUAGAAAAAAUAAAGUAGAAAUGAAUAGAUUAAGUUUAAAACAAACUGAAAUGCAAGGUGAACUUAGUACUAAAGAUGAACGAUGUUCUAAUUUAGAGGUACAAUUGAAUGCAUUAAAUCAACGAUGCGAAAUGUUAUUGCAUAUGAAUUCUGGUUUAGAUAGUGAUAGACGUUCUUUAAUGGAUCACAUUACAUUAUUAUUUAGUCAAUACCAUGAACUUUUGACACAUUCACUCGAAGACAAGGAACAUUAUCAUAUGGAAGAAAAAAUGUACACGGAUAAAGUUAAUCAUUUGUAUAGACAAAAAGAAAAAUUAGAGGACAAGAUUAUGGAACAUUAUCGUAAAUUAGAAAAUUGUAGCACUAAAAAGAAAGGAUUUGCUCUUGGAUUUGUUCGUAAAGUUAAAAAAGCUAGUUCUGAACUUUUAAAUAAGAAACGACGAUCUUGGGCUGACGAUAGCAAACAAUCCGAAGGAAAAACAUACGAAUCGGAAUCUGGUGGAAAUGAUUCCGAUGCGAGUAUCGAAGAUCAUCGAGUAACAACUACUGGAUCAGCAGCUAAUAAUAAAAGUUUAGGACCUGAAGGAUUUUCAUUGGGUCAUGCAGGAACUAGAAGAACAGUUUAUUAUAAUGAUGAUUCACCUCCACCACCUGCAUCCUUACCAGAACAGGAGGACGAUAGACGUACGGUUCAUUUAGAUCAAAAUUUACGAACCGAAACUCAAGCAGAACCACGUCCAUUUUUAAUUUAUAACAAAGUAUCAGCUGUUAUUAAUGAAUCGAAAAAUAUUAACAACGGAACUACGAAGGAUAUUAAUCAAGACGAAGGCCUUACAGAAUCACCAACGAAGAAGGAUGAUAAUAAUAGAAGGGGUUGUCCAAUUUGGUAUGAAUAUGGAUGCGUGUAAACCAUCCCUCCCUUCCCCUCUUCCUCAUUCAUCCAUUUGGGGUAGUUUCAUUCUGUCUAUCAACAUGAAUUUAACGUGAUUAGAAUAAUAAUAUAGCGAAGUAUUAUAUGUACUAAAGAUUAGAUAACGUGAUAGCAUUUAAUUUACGAAUUUGAAUAAUCAUCAUUUGUUUGUUUUUACGAAUUAAAGUUGUUUGAUGAUGUGGAAGGAUACGAAUAAGAACAAAGUGCUUCCGAGUUCCUAAAAUUUGUUCAUUGGUUCAAGAGCACUAACUAACAGCAGAGUAAAAUAGAAUUUUAUUUGAUCGAUUUUUUAAACGAUACUUUAAUUCGUUAUUUAAUUUAUUAUUCC